CCAUCGUGCACGGCGCGUUGUGCCGCCCCUAUUGUAUGAAGCAGCGGGCCUCACGAGCAAACCUCAGCAAAUCAUCGCGCGUGCGCCGGGCGUCCGAGACGCACAGCAGACAGGGCCACACGCGCGGUCAUGUACCCCAACGGAGCGGCUGAGGCACGCCCAGGCGCGCAGGCCCCACACGGAGGCGGGCAGCGGCUGAUGGAUGGGCAGAUGGGCGGCCACGGCGACGCGCGACGGCGGCCGCUCGUCAACUCGACGCUCCACCACGACCCGGGCAGCUCCGGGCGCAGCAGGGCCGGCGACUUUGAUGGGCUGCAGCUGGCGCUGAUGGACAGCAACGCGAUGCCGAUGAGCCUGGCCCUGGACCUGGACAUGGACCUGGACAUGCUGGGCACCGACGACGGCACCAGCACCACCGGCGGCGGCGGCUUCACGCCGUUCGGGUGCCAUGCGCAGGGGCAGGCGCUGCAGACGGCGGGUCUGCAGACGGCGGGCGGCCUGCCCCCGGGCAGCGCGCCCGGCAGCAUCGCAGGCGGCAUCGCAGGCGGCAUCGCAGGCGGCAGCAUGGCGACGACGACGACGACGACGGCCGCAGGGCUCUCCGGCGCGGGCGCGGGCCCGCUGCCCACGGGCUUUGGCGCGCCCAGCCUGAACCCGUCCGGCAGCACGCUGACCGAGUUCACGAAGCGGCGCAACUGGUCGCAGCGCGUGCUCGAGGAGCUGCGCGACCUGCUGCACAUCCUCACCCCCAACGGGCGCAUCCUGUACGUGUCGCCGUCGUGCAAGGCGCUCACCGGCUGGGACGCGCCGCAGCUGGUCGGGCGCUUCAUCAACGACUUCAUCCACCCAGAGGACAUUGGCAUCUUCGUCAAGGAGUUCAACGAGUCGAUCGCGUCGGGCAACCCGCUGCGGUUCUUCUACCGGUUCCGCCACGCCGACGACUCGUGGCGCAUCUUCGAGUCCCACGGCCACCCGCACCUGACCAGCGACCCGAGCUCGUUUGCGCCGCCCAACGCGCUCAACUGCCGCGGGUUCUUCAUCAUGGCGCGGCCGUACCCGACCAAGAACGCGGCCCUGCUCGACUCGUUCCUGGAGCACAAGAUCGAGAACGAGCGGCUGACCAAGCGCAUCGCGGAGCUGAAGCGCGAGGAGCAGGACGAGCAGGGCGAGCAGGACGAGUCGUCGCGUCGCGGGCCGCAGAGCCAGUCGGGCGCGCCGACCGAGUCGGUGGUGACGCAGAGCGUGCCGCCCAGCGACGCGGCGUCGUACGCGCAGAUGCCGCCGCCGGCGAAGCCGAGCGUCUCCAACACGGCGCUGACGCGCCAGAACCUCGACGAGGUGCUGGCGGCGAGCCGCACCGAGAACAUCAGCGACAAGAUGGCGCGGUACGAGGGCGCCAACCACCUCGAGACGAUUGAGAUGCUGACGGGGCUGCGGUACCGCGACGGCGAGCGGUCGCAGGGCAUCAGCACCGGCGACGCGAGCCCCGUGCUGAUCCGCGGCGACGCGGGCAUCCAGAUCUCGCUGGACCGAGACGGGCGCGGCGCCUCGGAUAAGAAGAAGAAGCUCAAGCUGGCCGACGAGUACGUGUGCACCGACUGCGGCACGCUCGACUCGCCCGAGUGGCGCAAGGGGCCCAACGGGCCCAAGACGCUGUGCAACGCCUGCGGCUUGCGCUGGGCCAAGAAGGAGAAGAAGAGAACCAACCCCAACACGCCCGGCCACCACUCGGCCUCGGCCUCGACCCCCGGCCUGCCCAUGCACCAGAGCACCGGCAGCAGCUAGACUGCAGUGGAAGACGUGAAUCGGGCAGUAAAGGACGUGAAUCUGGCAGUGGAGGACGUGAAUCUGGCAGUAAAAGACGUAAAAUCUGACAGUAAAAGACGUAAAAUCUGACAGUAAAAGACGUAAAAUCUGACAGCAAAAGACGCAAAAUCUGACAAUAAAAGACGUAAAAUCUGACAGUAAAAGACGUAAAUUCUGACAGUAAAAGACGUAAAAAUCUGACAGCAAAAGACGUAAAAAUCUGCCAGUAAAAGACGUAAAAAUGGCGACACGCAGAACGGCAACGUGUUGAAUACGGCCACACGUUGAAGCAGAGUGCAUAAGCUAGAGUAGAAGAUGCCACAUCCCAGACAUGUAGUGCAAUAUCACUAGAUUCCAACAAAAACACCUACACGGCCCGUAUCAGCGUGAGAUGAGACAAACGCCU